UUUUGUUGCUGUGUGGUCCUAUUCUUCUGUCACAUAGCUUAAGUACACUUCUUCCCACAUUUCAUAAUCCUCCAGCCAUCACUUCAAACUCAGAACAUACAAGAGUACUUUUCUUCCCUGGCUCCCCUUCCCCUCCGUCUCGUCGACCCUAGCCUUCUACCCUCACUCUCUUCUCGACGUCUUUCCUGGUUCGACGACAAGAUGUCCGCCCCCUACCAAGAGGCCAUCCCCAAGGAUGACUCUACUCAACCUCGUGCCUCAGACUUCGAGGCAACUGUUGGUAACCCCUCCGACAGCGAAAAGUCCUCUUUGAACUCUGCUUCCAAAAUCCAAGAAGUCUCCAAAGUUCGCUGGAUCCUUGUUUGCGCCGGCCUCUUUCUCGGGGCUCUCCUCUACGGCCUUGAUACCACCAUUGCCGCCUCGGUACAAGGUCCAAUUCUCCUCUCUCUUGGGGAAAUCGACAAGCUCGCCUGGGUCGGAAUCGGAUUUCCAAUGGGUGCCGUUGCUGUUAUUCUUCUGAUAGGACGCUUUUACUCUCUUUUUGAGAUUAAGUAUUUGAUGAUUGGUGCUGUGAUCACAUUCGAAGCGGGUUCUGCUCUUUGCGGAGCAGCUCCUAGUAUGAAUGCCAUGAUUGUUGGACGAGUUAUUGCUGGUAUGGGUGGUGCUGGAAUGUAUCUUGGAGCAUUGACAUAUAUCUCCAUCUUCACUCCCUUGGCUACCCGUCCCAUCUACAACGCGUUGAUCGGUCUCUGCUGGGGCACAGGAUGUAUCCUCGGUCCACUGAUUGGGGGUGGAUUCGCCGUUUCAUCCGCAACCUGGAGAUGGGCAUUUUACAUCAAUUUGCCGUUGGCUGCUGCUCUUUCACCAAUCUACAUUUUCCUGUUUCCAAAACACUGCUCUACUCCUACCAUCCCAACCGUCACUAAGCUGGCCACAAUCGAUUGGAUAGGUGUAACACUGAAUGCUUCGGUCUUCACACUAUUUCAGGUUGUCCUCACUUUCUCUGGCAGCACCUGGAAAUGGACUGAAGCUGGUCCCAUCGCGCUCUGGGCCUCAUUUGCAGUUUGCCUCACUCUCUACGUUAUUCAACAAACAUUCAGCAUCUUCACGACACCAGAGAAGCGAAUAUUCCCUGUCCACUUCUUGAAGUCCCGCACUAUGAUCCUCCUCUAUGUUGGAACUGCCGCAGCCGCGACCGGACUGGCUGUCGGUGUUUACUACAUUCCCCUCUUCUUCCAAUUCACCCGCGGUGAUUCCGCCAUCAAAGCCGCUAUCCGCCUUCUUCCUUUUAUCGUCCUGAACGUCUUCUUCGUGAUGUUCUCCGGAGCCAUCCUCCCCAUGGUCGCAAAAGGUCUCUACGCUCCAUUCUAUCUCGCUACCGGUAUCUUCACACUCAUCGGCGGUGUUCUCAUGUACCGAGUCCACGUCUCAACAGGCGUCACCUCGAUCUACGGCUUUGAAAUUCUCGUCGCAAUAGGAUCAGGCUUGACAAUGCAAGUCGCAUACAGUGUUGCCGUUGCCAAGGCCGCUAAGGAGGAUGCACAGAAUGCCAUUGGUUUUAUCAACACAGCUCAAAUCGGAACAAUCGCAAUCUCGCUGUCAAUCGCGGCCUCAGUGUUCCAGAACCGAGGCUUCAUCAACCUCCGCGACGCACUUGCGGGUUAUAACUUUACCGAAGAUGAGUUGAGAGGUGCGUUGAGUGGUGUUCAGAGCGCAAUCUUGAAAGGUGGAAAUGCGGUGGUGACACAAAAGGCUAUUGAGGCCAUUGCAAAGACUAUUGAUUCAAUUUGGAUACUAGUCAUUGCGGCUGGUGCUGUAGCGUUCGUGUGCGGUGUUACUAUGAAGUGGGAGAAGGUUGAUAUGGAGAUGGUUGCUGGUGGGUAGGCAAUCCUCGGAGAGAUUGGGAGGGCACGUGGGGU